GGCUUUUAUUUUUGGAUCUAACCAAGGAACUGAAAUCAUGGCACUGAGUCUGCUCCGGAACCACUGGAGAACUUUCUUCCGCCCUGGUGUUCAGCUGCACAGGAGCUUGACGGAUAGGAGCGAUGGAGGUUGGUGGAGCUCUGUGUUCGGACACAAAGUGGAUGCAAGGAAAGAUGCGCACUCCAAUCUGCUAUCCAAGAAAGCAACAACUGGCCUAUACAAAUUCCAGUUUCACAAUGUCAGGCCCGACUGCUUGGAUGCCUACAAUGAGCUAUCGACGGAGGUCCAAAAAGAGCUGCACAGUGAUCCCGAUUAUCCCUGUGAAGUUGUGGGAAGCUGGAACACGUGGUACGGAGAACAGGAUCAAGCAGUGCAUCUCUGGAGAUACUAUGGCGGAUAUCCAGCUCUGAUGGAAUGCUUGAGCAAACUCAGAAACAACAAGGCAUAUCUAGAGUUCCGCAAAGAGAGGAGUAAGAUGCUGAUUUCUCGGCAAAAUCAGCUUCUUGUCGAAUUCAGCUUCUGGAACGAUCCUGUACCCCGACCUGGACCGAAUAUAUACGAACUGAGAACAUACAGAUUAAAGCCGGGCACGAUGAUCGAAUGGGGAAAUCACUGGGCUCGAGCAAUCAAAUACCGCCAAGCGAACAACGAAGCCGUGGGAGGAUUUUUCAGUCAGAUUGGGGAGCUGUAUGUUGUUCAUCAUCUUUGGGCCUAUAAAGACCUGCAAUCCAGAGAGGAGACCAGGAACAUGGCGUGGAUGAAAGAGGGCUGGGAUGUCAGCGUAUAUUAUACAGUUCCUUUAAUCCAGAGUAUGGAGUCUAGGAUCUUGAUCCCCACAAGCAGCUCACCUCUACAGUGACUCACAAGCUGGUGAUGCGUCUCCAUCACCUCUGAACUGCAAUAUACCUGCAGCUGACACACUCAGGCACAAGGACUAUCAAUUAUCUGUCGUAAAAUAUUGAAUGAACACCGUUGUUCGUGGGUUAUUCACAGCUUCAAUCAGUAUCAGUGUUUACUUUGUAUUAUCAUGUACAAGUUCAGGUCGAACAGAGCUACGUAUUGGCAGUAUCUGCUGCAGUCGAAUAUAUUGCAUUUAUUUGCGCAUGAGAAAUUUACUCACAUCUUUAAAAAAAAAAAAUUUUUUUAUAGGCUGCAGUGAAAAAGAGUCAUGUGUGGAAUGACCACUGCAGUCAACAAUAAAAAGAUUGUGAAUAAAAGAUGGUGUUAAUCUUAUUGGGUGAAUGCUAAGUGCUUGAAACAGAUGAGAGGGGAAAUGAGGCUGCUGCUGAGGUUGUUACAGUAAGUAAACAACCAAUUUAUUUGACAAUUUGGAUUUUUUUUUUUUUUUUUUAAGACUGUCUUAAAUCAGAAUUGAGGUGCAUAUACAGCCAUUACACUAGGUCUUGGUCAUUCUAAAUGUUCCUGCCCUGCACAUGACCAUGAAGUUUGUCACCCGGACCGUGAGUACACUUUCAGUAAUUGGGGCUCAAUUCCAAAAAAAUUCCUGAAGCCUAUCCCAGGUGACUUAGGGCACAAGGCAGGGUACACCCUGGACAGGCUGCCAAUCCACCAUAGUGCACACACACACACACACACACACACUCACACCUCAUUCACACACUUAGCAUUUUUUUGGGAAUGCAAGCACAGAGAGAUUUUAGACAGACUUUAAAAAAAUUCUGAACAAACCAUUUAAGGUUCCAUGUAGCCCUGUUAACUGCUAUUAAUAAAAUCAAAUUUCCAACAGGAAAUCUAGAGGAAAGAAUAUACAGUGUUUAAGCAUUUGAAAUAGUACGGCUGCAUUUGGCUAGCAAAUGAGUGACAUGGUUAACAUUUUUUAAGCUUUUUUUUUUUACAUUUUUCAAAUGUGCUUAAGGGUUUAUACCAAUAGCAUAAGAACAUUAAGGAUAUUCUACUGC